CAGGAAGGAGCACGGUGCUUCUUCACCAUUACUACCACCGGGGCUCUUUCAAACCUCACCGCACCAAAACGCGACUGCAGCCCCCUCGCUCGGAGCCUUCGAUACCUUGCACUACGAACUGGAAUGUCUGCUGCGAUCAAGAAACACAUGUCCCCGAUAUGGGCGCCAGGGAUCUUCGAAGGCAAAGUGGUCCUCUGCACCGGUGGAGCCGGCUCAAUUUGCUCUACGCAAGUAGCAGCACUAAUCCUACUCGGCGCGAACGCCAGCAUCAUCGGACGGAGGAAGGACGUGACGGAAGCCAAAGCCGCAGAACUCCAAACACUCCGAAGCGGUAGCAAAGUCCUCGGUAUAUCCACCGACGUGCGGGACUACUCGGCACUCGUCACGACGGUGAAGCGGACGGUUGAGGAAUUGGGGAGGUUGGACUAUGUCAUCUGUGGAGCAGCCGGCAAUUUCCUGGCAACGGUUGACAACCUAUCCGUCAACGCGUUCAAGUCUGUUAUCGACAUCGACGUUCUGGGUUCGUACAAUACGGUGAAGGCAUCACUGGAGGAACUCAAGAAGACCCGCGGCAAGAUCAUAUUCGUCUCGGCCACGCUGCAUUAUACCGGUUCGCCGUUCCAGGCUCAUGUUUCUGCGGCGAAGGCCGCCAUAGACGCACUCUCGCGCGUGCUGUGCGUGGAGUUGGGACCUUAUGGGAUUACUAGCAAUUGCAUAGCUCCAGGCCCCAUAGCCGGCACGGAAGGCAUGGCCAGACUGUCUCGUCCAGAAGUCGCUAGUGGGGCGGAAAGGGCAAUUCCUAUCCAGCGGUUGGGCCAUGUUCACGAGAUUGCCGAUGCCACGAUCUACCUAUUGUCGCCGGCGGGAGACUACGUUAGUGGCGAUGUGAUUGUUGUUGACGGCGGGGCGUGGCAUAGGCAGGGCGCCUCCGCAUUCCCGUACCCGGAGUCUGUCACGAGGAAGGGCGUUGUGGAAGGCGUUAAGGGGGCGAAGAAGGCGAAGGAUAGCAAAUUGUAGUUCCGAAAGGUGCCGGGUUGUAAUGUUUCUUCCACUUUAUGGCGCCCCGCUCCCCUUUUCUUUGCUUUACCCCCCUAUUUUUACACGUGACACUAUGAUACUUCUAUCCUAAGCUUGCUGUGUACUCGUACAAGCUACUGAUACCAACAUCUCACAGCACAACCCCCAUCGGCAUUGUGAGCAAUGUGUUAAACAUUUCGCGCACUUUUUUUUUUUUCCUUCUCGAAAGGCACCUGUUAACAUCCACACCCUGUCCACAUAAAACUUUCACGAGGGAAAAAAAUGAAAGAAGUUGUCGUUACAAAA